AUGUCAUUCCUAAAUCAACUUUUGUCUUUCUUUCUUUCUUUCUUUCUUUCUUUCUUUCUUUCUUUCUUUUAUGUCUUACAUUUUCUUUCUUUCUUUCUAACCUUCCACUUUUCUUUUUUUCUAUUUUUUCUUUCUCUCGGGCUUUUCAUUUUCCCUCUUUCUUUCUUUCUUUCUUUCUUUCUUUCUUUCUUUCUUUCUUUCUUUCUCUUUAAUUUCACAAAUUUUUCCGUUAGUUUUUUCUUUCUUUCUUUUUCUUUCUAUCAUUCCCUCGUUCCUCUUUAUUUUUAUACUACAUUUCCUUCAUUCCUUCCUUCCUUCCUUCAUUCCUUCCUUCCUUCCUUCUUUCUUUCCUUCCUUCAUUCCUUCUUUCCUUCCUUCCUUCCUUCAUUCCUUCCUUCCUUCCUUCCUUCCUUCCUUCCUUCAUUCAUUCAUUCCUUUUUCCUUUUUCCUGCCUUGCUUUUCUUUUUUUCUUUUUUUUUCUUUGUUUUUUCCAUUUUUUUCUUUCAAUUUCUUUUUCUUUCUGUCCUUCGUUCCUUCUUUCCCUUCGGUUCAAUUUUCAAAUAUCUUUCAUUCUUUUCUGUAGCAGGAACAACUAAUAGUCUAUCUAUCUAUCUAUCUAUCUAUCUAUCUAUCUAUCUAUCUAUCUAUCUCAGUCUGUUCAUACCUAUCUAUCUGUCUGAAUGUUUAAAUAUCUAUCUAUCUAUCUAUCUAUCUAUCUAUCUAUCAUAUCCUGUUUAUAUCUAUCUAUCUAUCUAUCUGAAUGUGUACAUAUCUAUCUAUCUGUCUAUCUCUGACUGA